AUGUCGCGGAUGCCAGCGUCGGGGAGCUGGUUCGAGAAGCCCACGAACUACAUCCUCAGCGUCCACGUGGGCGAGGAUGCCCGCAGCGAUCCGCCGCCCGGGCCGGGCCGCUACUCCACCGCCGCGGUGCCCGCGAGGCCGCCGCAGGCUGUCGCCCCAGAGGAGCAGAUCCUCAGGCAGCGCGUGGGGCAGGCAAUCGACUCGAUGCGCGCCGCGGCGGGCGCCGAGGGCAGCUCAGAGGGUGCCGCUGGCGGCGAACAAGCCGAUGCUCAGCUGCAGAAAGAACCACAGCUCGAGUGCCGCUUCAAGUCCCGCGUCGUCGUGCGCUUGUCCGAGGAGGGGCCUGGGCCCGCUGCUGGGGGGCCGCCUUACUUCCGAGUGGACGUCUGGGCGGAGCGCGACGGGGGCAUGUUCAGCCGUGAUCCACGCAGGGAACUGUUUGCCAGGGCCUUCGUGCCCCUCACAGAGCCGAAGUGGCAGAGGCGGCCGUGCACUUGGCCAGCGGUGGAUGCUCUGGGCAACGACGUCGCUUACCUGACUUGCGAGUUCGCCUUCGCGCGCGUUCCGCCAGCGGUGGCGGGCUUGCAGGUCGAGGGUGCGACGUCGGAGGAGGUUCUCCUGUCUUGGCGGCCUCCGCCUCACGAUCGCGUUGCCCCCGUUCACAGGUAUCAUGUCGAGGCAUUGCCUCUGCUGCGAGGUAACGAACCUGCGGCCCGAACGCCGAGCUGGCAGCGCGUGGCCGAAGUGGACGCAGACCCAGACCCGCACGUCACUGCUAGCGGCUUGCGGCCGAACACGAGGUAUCGCUUCCGCGUGCACGCAUCCAACGAAGCCGGCGUGAGCCCCGUAGCGGAGGUGGAGGCGGCGACAGGGCCGAGCGCCCCUGGCCUUUGCGGGCGGCCGCGGCUGGCUGGGUGCAAGGGGCCCGUCCUCACGAUCGAGUGGGACGGGCCAGAGGACGACGGGGGCACCGAGGUUGUCGCUUACCGGCUGUGGGUUGCGCCCGGCAUAGGCGCGAGAGUGCCGGAGCAGGACGCGUGGUUCGAGGUGGGCCACGUGAGGCACGAUAGGGCCGGUCCGCAGCGGGCGGAGAUCCACACGGAGGAUCUGGAUCACAGCAUCAGCAGGUACUUCUGCAGGGUCGCGGCGAUCGGCGAGGCCGGGGAGGUGGGCGCCGCGACGCCAGAGACAGCUGCGCUGCCAUUUCCGAAUCCGUGCUCGAUCUGCGGCCCCAACCUCGGGCAGGCUGUCCCAGCCAUCGCCGACUACCAGGCGGCACGGCUCCUGGGACCCGCCGGCGCAGCUCCGCCCUGGGACGGCGGCGCGGGGGCCAUGGCGAUCUUGGAGACGGGCCCUCCGGGGAGGUCCUUCCCGCUGGCGCCCGGCGGCGCAGGCGCCGGGGCACACGAGCGAGCUCCACCGCAGGGGGCCGUGGGCCUCGGCAUGCCCGAGGUGCGGUCCUUCCACGGCGCGGGGAGCGCGCAGGUGCCCGUGGGGCUGCCCCCGGACCUCUGCGAGACCGUCUCGCUGGGCGUGGCUGGCUCUCCGGACCUGCCCACUGUGAACCGUGGGCGCAGCGGACCCCCAGAGGAGGCCGGGGGCCUGCAGGUGUGGGAGCAGCACAGCGUCACGCGGCAGCUCCUCGCAGAGAAGCGCGAGAUGCUGGAGUCGAGCCUGGCGCGCUACCGCCAGGUGGGCGGCCAGCUGAGCGGUGCGCCUGGGGACCAGGUGCUGGUCCAGAGCCACAUGGAGGCGGAGAUCGAGGCCGCGGGCCUGCAGGCGGAGGUCGCCGUGCUUGACAAGCAGCUCGGGGAGCUGGACGCGCAGCUCUCCGCCCUCGGGGACGCGCCCGCAGGCCCGGUUGGCUGGCCCGACCUGGCGCAGCCGGACCUCUGGAGCAGCAGCCGCCCGAGCGAGGCUGGUUGCCCGUGA